ACCAUAUGAAAAAAACAUGGACGAAUUGGAAAAAUUAAAAAAUUGGUUUGCUUAACGAGGUUGCAUGACUGCGUGUCACGUUAGGUCUUUGGCAGAAUAAUAAAACGCUUAAGUUUAUUUUGUCAAGAUCUAAGGAUUGUUGAACUUUUCCGUGAAGUGAUUUUUCGGAGUUAAGUGUUUUAAGUUGUGUCUAUACCGUACUGUUUUUCUAAAUCAGCAAAACGAACUACUAUUUCUUAUACCUUACGUUUGUACUGUGCGACCGUGAAGGUUGAGAAUGUUACGUCAUUUUCCCUCUAGUGUCUUGUAGAAACAUAUAUAUUUUGGUUUGUUUGGUGCAUCAGUGUUUUUCUCAAGAUAUUAACAAAAUUAAGUGCAAAGUUAUAGUAAGUGUAUUGAGUUGUUAAUAAAUAUUGGCGCUCUUACACCGGCUGCGACAAGAUGCCGCCAUGUUAUGUAGUUUUGCUGUCAACUACUGGUCGCGGUUAGCCCUGCUUUAUUACCCUUGGAAGAUUUAUCUUUGUUUGGACUAAUAAUCAGUAGUACCAUCUCCAGCAGUACUAAAGAGUCACGGAGCACCACAACGAGGCGCUAUUCAGCGCCGAUUACAUAAAUGAUCCAUUUAUGCAAGUUCUGGGCAUCGAAAAUGCAAGAAUUGAAUCCUGUGAACUCCAACCGGGAGACACAUGGAGGGGGAUGCAAGGCAAGAUGAGCGUGACAACGCCGGUUAAGAAGAUAAGAAAAAAGUCAGACAAUAAGCCACAAUCGCAAAUCAAUAAGUGUCACAACGAAAAAAGGCGGCGGGAGUUGGAGAACGAGACCAUAAACCAGCUCGAGGAGCUUCUUGGGACCUGCUUGGCGGAAUUGAAGCAGCCUGACAAGAACGGCAUCGUACGCGAGGCGACGCGCGAGAUCCAGGCGAUCUUGAGGCGCAGGCGCGACUGUCCUGGCGAGUGCCCGGUGCGCCGCGCCGCGCUCCGCUCGCCCGUGCAGGCCGGCGAGGUCAGCUCCACACAGCCGCAGCCGGCACUCGGCCCACUCGCCCUGCCCGGCACCCCCGCCCCCGCCCCCGCUGGCUUCUACUACAACGGUUUCAACAAUCUCAUCGAGGCUCUGAAACAUUACACUAGCAGCCUGGGCUGGGUCUUAUUAGAAAUUAAUACUAAUGGGGAAAUCAAAUGCGUGUCAGAAAAUAUAAAAGAUCUUAUUCAUGUCGACAGAACUGAACUGUACAAAAAGUCGAUCUUUUCACUUCUCCACGAAAGCGAUCAUACGAAGUUGAAACCUUUACUGAGGAAUUCACAGGCGUUGGUUUGGGAUUCGGGAAAUAUCGAUAAAUUUCAAGCCACACAAGUUCGCCUUAUCAAAAGUACAAAUGCUAACGACGUUACUGGCAGGCUGGUGGACGCUGUGAUCCACGCUGCGCCGGUACGCGGCUCGUGCCCGGAGGAGGCCGGCUCCGUCAUGUGCGUCAUCCGGCGCUGCGAGGACGCGUCGGCCGCACUUCUCCCAGUCGACGGCGGCCCGCCCGCCAUCACUAACAAACUACCGGAGAACAUCAUCUUCCGACUAGACUGCAAAUAUACUAUUUUAUCUUGCGAUUUAAGUGGAGUGGAAAAUUUUAUAAACUAUCCCCUCUCUCUUGUGGGUGCUUGUUAUUUGGAACUAGUCGAUAGCAGUGAUCGUAUUCGCGUAGCCGCGCAUUUACAAGAGGCUCUGUGCGGUCCCGGGCCGCCGGCAGUGAGUGCGCCCUUUCGGUUACGGGUUGCUGCGGAUAAACCUUCCUUCAGAGUCAGUGCUCUAUCGCGCCUUUUUAAGGCUAAGCCGCCUUCGGUGGAAACUGACUUUAUAAUGUCCACGCACACUGUGCUCGGAGACGAAGAAGUCGACCUUUUAGACGUCGCCGGUUCCAGACCGCCCGUCGGCGGUCCGCUGAUGUCCGUUGCCAACGGUGAGUCGUCCGGCUGCGAGACGCGGUAUCGCUCCUCUAUGAGCCCCUCGGAUGGACAGUUUUCUAUCAACGAUUUCGAUCUCGAAUCUUGGACCCCUGGUUUUCAAAUAGGAGAAAUGUCGUGCGAAGAUACAAAGGAUAGAAAAGAGUUGGUCGGGGAAGGAUCAAGCACACCGCCUGCCCUACGUGCACCGCCGCAGUCCAACGAGGGAUCGCAGUCCUCCGUACCCGGGGAGGAGCAUAAUCGUUUGCGCAGCUUGCUCAGUAAAAAAACCGGCGUAUCUGAGUCUGUAAACUCGAACAAUCGCAUUUUAAAAGAUCUGCUCAACCAAGAAGACGAGGAAGCGACGAGCAGCGAGACGUCGGCGCCGCACACGCCGCACACCCCUCACACGCCACACACGCCGCACACGCCGCUCACGCCGCACGCGUCGGGCACGGCGCUGUCCCCGCUGCACACCGCGCAGGCGCAUGCGCGCCCCAUGGCGCCGCACGGGCCGCUCACGCCGCACACGCCGCACACGCCGCAGACACCACAUGCGGCCCACGCCUCGCACUCCACACACGCCGCGCACGCGCCGCACGCACAGCAUGCGCAGCACGUGCAGCACGCGCAGCAUGUACAGCAUCAACCCUCGCCACACAACAUUCAGCAACCUCAUCAUAACAACUCGGAAGUUUUGCUCAGGAUACUAAAAGAAAAAUCCGACGAAGAUAAUGAGGAAAAUCGAAGAAACGCGUCAGAUAGCACUCGUGGAACUUCACAACCGUGCGCAUUGCUCUCUCAGUUACUUUCGCCCAGCAACGGGCCCUCCGGCAAUGGCCGCGCCCAGGACACCAGUGAUAACUACCUCGAAAGAAUCGGAAUGAAGCGAAAGUAUGAGGAGAGUAAGACGCCCACUAACGUCAAGAGAGCUACGCCUGACAACCAACAGGUGACAUCGAGCGCGGUGCCGGUGGCGUCGUCGGCGGCGUCGUCGACGGCCGCGAGCCCCGCCACCAGCAGCAGCACCUCGCAGCGGCCGCUCCGGCAGAAGAACCAGAUCCUAGUGGCGCUGCUGGAACAGGCCACGCCCUUCCCCACCCCCAACCUGCGCGGCUACGAGCCCGUGCCGCGCCCGCGCCUGCCGCACAUACCGCACCUGCCGCACCUGCCGCAGCACCAGCACCAUCAUUCCACAUUGACUAAUAUGAUAACUCCCCAUAGUCGAGCGAGUAACGUGAACGGCGGCAGUGUCGGCACGGUGACGACGAGCGUGGGCAGCGUGGGCAGCGUGGGAGUGUCGGGCAACGUGGGCAGCGCGACGUGCACCACGGCCAGCAUGAGCGUGCCCAGCCACCUGCAGAUGGUGCUGCAGAGCUCGCGCGCCGGCUACCCGCACUCGCCCAGCGCCGCGCACUACGCCACCGCCGCGCCGCACCACGCCUACAACACUCAGCCCUCAAACGACAACUCGCGAAGCCAAGCGAGUUCCGGGGGUGGGGCUGGGGGUGGCGGCGGCGACACGGACGCGCCCAGUGACCUGAUGCUGUCGUACAUCUUGGACGAGGUGAUAGAGAACAUGCCGUACGCCGAGCGGCCCGCGCCCGACGUCAACGUCCUCUUGAACAUGGAGAACAGACAGCUCAGAUCAGAGUUCGCUGGUGUGAAAGAAAAGAAUGCGGUGAUCAACGCAAUAACCCAAAGUCUGAUGCAGUACGAGGCGGUUUCCAAAAUCUCCGUGUCUUCCAGCCCUGGAGCACCUCCGGUGUACUCGGUGCAAAGCCCGAUGUCAUGCAACAUGGGCGGCGGCGGCGGUGGCGGCAGCAGUGGCGGUAGCGUCAACAGCGGCAUGUACGGCAUGGGGCGCGGCGAGGAGUCGCGCGCGCUGGUGGAGCAGCACCGCGUGCGGCUGCUGCACCAGCAGCGCUCGCAGCAGAUGCUCGUCUCCCCGGAGGCGACGGAGCAGUCGCAGGCGGACCUGGGCUCCACCAUCAACGCGCUCGUGUCCAACGCCACGCCGCCCAACGUCGCGCUCACUCGCACCGACUACCAUCAUGUAUAUCAUCAAAAUCAAAUGGGUUCAAAUUACGGUACAAAUAAAAUACCAACGUCCCAACAAAAUCCAAUGCUUAGCCGGCAGCUGGGUGUAAGUUUUUGCAUUAUAAACAUUAUUUUGAAAACAAUUGAAAUAACAUUUUGGCUUAUGUAAUCAUAUCUUGCAAUAACAUUAAAAUCGGUG